AUGUCUCGGAAAAGACUCGUGGUUCCAACAUUUCAUCGGGUCUUCUUCAAGGAAAAGACAAUCUCAGCGCAUGCAAGCUACGUAUACAGCAUUGCUCAGACCCUGCCGUACGAGUUGAUGCUGCCUAUCAUCAGGGAAUGCUUGGAAAAUCAGUCGGAGUACGGGCGUCCGCACCACGCCAUCGGGCCUCCACCUGGAAUGCCACUGUCCACAUUCGUGGAGAAUCAGCGAGCCAAGACACUACACAACCAAAAAAUCCUUUCCCCUCUUCUUCUCGUCUGCCAAAAUUGGUAUAUUCCGGCGAGAAGCCUUCUCUAUACCGCGGCAGCGCUCAAAACGCUCGACGACGUAGACAGCUUGGCUAGCACUCUGACAGGGAAUCCCGAACUCGCGCGUGCGGUGCAGUCCCUGUACUUGGUUGAGAAUGUCUCCAGCGGGCGCCUGAGCCUCCAAGCCAUGAUGGCCAAAACACGAUACGAGCGCCGUCUCCGGGCCCUCCUCGACGCUUGCCCAUCCGUGACAUCUCUGAUCAUACAGCUGCCAUUUUUCAAGCCCGAAAUUCAACUCUCUGCGCUGGGAAUCUCAUCGCGCAUCCGAAGUCUUACGUUAAACGGGCGCCUCGAAUGUGUAAAUCUUAGCAUGCCCUCGCCCUGCCUGCACUUGCCUCCCUUGCAUCCGGAGUUCCUCGGCACUUCUCUUGAACUCCCCCACCUGGAAGAGCUUUGCUUGACACUCUUGGAACUACCGCCGAUACAGUGGCCCAGGCUGCCGGCUCUUCGAACGCUCCGCUUUGUGCUCUGUCGUUUUACGCGAGACACUUAUCCUUGGAUACACAAUUCCGACCUGCGGAUACUGGAACUGACAGGCGCGGUCGUCAUCGGGUCCUUCUUCAGUCUGCUAGAUGCUUUGCAGUCGAAGUCCCUUGUUACACUCGAGUCCCUGAAGAUUGGAGGGGGACAGGGAUGCUUAUAUAACAUUCUCGGGCGGCUGGACUUUUCAGCCCUCCCUGCCUUGAGGUCUCUCACUAUCAAUUUGCAUAUGUUGGCCCGCGUCGAAGCGGAGGUCACCCCGGCAGGUCUUGAGCGAGCUUGGCAGCUCCGUGAUCUCACCAUUAUCUGUGGGCCCCAUUCCCUCGACAUAGAUGAACUCCACAAAGCUCAGGAGAUAGAACGCGAGUUUACUUUCAUCAUUACAAAUUUUAUCAGCGACCCCUCAGUACUUCCCUUCCUGAAGCUGUUGGCAAUCGUAGGAGAUUCGGAAGUUUGGGAAGGGUGCGAAGAUACGGAACACUCUGUGUCAAGAAUAGACCUGCUUGCCAUUCGUUGCGAGAGCCGAAACGUGAAGCUGGACAAACACCUGACCCCUCGCGUUAUCCCUGCUCAAUACCCUUGCGUCGAGACCGCGGACAUUGCAACACUGCAGACCUACUCAGGAUUCGAGGAUCGGCAAGUUAAUGUUCGUAUCUUGGGCGCUACUGGUCUUGACUGUGCUCUCAGUAUUAAGACCAAGCAGGAGGCUUUGCAGGGGAAAGUGUAUUUUCGGAUGUCACAUUCCAGAGGCAAGGGCGAUGAAACCAACUCAGCCUUGUGCUCGGGUCGUGUCUCUGCCAGUGUACUAGUACCGCGUAACCCCGAUUCAUCGGGGUAUAUGAUUUCAGACGCGAUCAUGCCUAGCAACGACGAGGGACCCAAGAAAGUGCCGUACGGUAUCUCGGAUAAUCCUUGGCUGCUCGGGCUACGGGAGCUCGAAUGGCUAGACUGGGUCACGAAUGACGAGGACGAAGUAGCUGAGCACAUCCAAACAGCCGGUAGCUCACAAGGGCCACAAAGCUAUCACCUUGGCAUCAAUGCCUUUGCCACUUCCAAUGUUGUCCGAAAUGUGACUGGGGAAGACGAUCAAGAGGCUGGGCCUUCCGCGGGGGGGAGGUCGUCAUCAUGA